AUGGCUCAGGUGUCAAAGAACUUUUAUCAGGUAAUCGUUUUUUACUUUUGGCCGCUUCAGAUCGUCAAAACAAUUUUUUGCAAGUCAAGACCAAAAAAGUCCUUCUCUCUUUCGAUCUUUUUUUGUUGAUAUACCAUCUUUAUCAGUUGUUGACAGCUUCCAAAAGCCGUAUUGUUUAGCAAGCAUAUACCUGUAUUUUCGCGGGAGGCCGAUAAAAAGUCCGUAAUGCACGUUUUUCGUACGAAGUUGAUAAGAUAAAGGUUGUUCUCUAAAUAAGUCCGCUGAUCGAUGAGGCGAUUGCCUCAGGACAUCUGUUGCCUUUAGAGUCUUGGCCGACUAAAGGAGAUUUGUCUUGGAGUUUGGCGAACUCCUCGUUUUCUUGAUUUCACUUUUAUUGGCCAAAAGAGUGACCAGCGAGCGGCUGUUUUCAUUGAAAAAUUACUUCCAUUUAGCUUGGUUUUAGUCGAUUUGGAGGGAAUUCGCUAGCCAGGUUGGGAAUUGAUAUAAAAUAAGGUGAACCUGCACUUGUAAGAUUGAAUAGGACACACAAAAAGAUUAACUUUAAUAGCAUUUUUAGGUCGUCAAAUCCGCACCCAAAGGCCGCUACAAGGGCAUCAAGCGUAACUACGAAGUUGAAGAUGUCCUUAAGCUUCAAGGCUCGUUUCCCAUCGAAUACACGUUAGCUACUCGCUCUGCCAACAAGCUAUGGCAACUCAUCCACACCGAACCGUACGUCCCGGCUCUUGGCGCCCUCACCGGCAACCAGGCUGUUCAAAUGGUCCGUGCCGGUCUGAAGGCCAUCUACUUGUCGGGAUGGCAAGUUGCUGCCGACGCCAACUCCGUCGGAGACAUGUAUCCUGAUCAGUCGCUGUACCCCGCCAACUCUGGCCCAGAAUUGGCCAAGAGGAUCAAUAAGGCGUUGCGAAGAGCCGAUCAGAUUGAAUGCGUCGAAUCUGAGGAUUACCAGGCCCAGAGAGACUGGUACGCUCCAAUCGUGGCUGAUGCUGAAGCCGGAUUCGGUGGUGCGCUGAACUGUUUCGAGCUGAUGAAGGUAGGCACAGUUUAAGACUGUUACAGGGAGAUUCCCUCUCAUAUUUCACAAAAUUAUUUAAUAAUUCUAAAUUUUUAGGCAUAUAUUGAAGCCGGAGUCGCUGGAGUUCACUUCGAGGAUCAGCUCGGUUCCGAGAAGAAGUGCGGUCACAUGGGAGGAAAGGUGUUGAUUCCAACCUCUCAGCACAUCAAGCAUUUGAACGCCGCGCGUCUUGCUGCUGAUGUCUGCGGAGUUCCAACGAUCAUUGUCGCUCGUACAGACGCUGAAUCCUCUCGUCUUUUGACAAGUGACAUCGACGAACGCGAUCACUUCCACAUUGACCGUACCAAGCAACGAACUCCCGAAGGUUUCUUCCAGCUCAAGGAGGAAACUGCCCUCCAGGCUUGCAUCGAGCGUGCCAAGGCCUAUGCUCCAUAUUGUGAUCUCAUUUGGAUGGAGACCUCACACCCAACCCUGGCGGAUGCCAAGGAGUUUGCUGAAGGCGUCCGAAAAGAGUAUCCAGACCAACUCUUUGCCUACAACUGCUCGCCGUCCUUCAACUGGCGCAAACACUUACGUCAGUCGGACAUGGAGAAGUUCCAACGAGAAUUGGGUGCUAUGGGCUUCAAGUAUCAGUUCAUUACGCUGGCUGGAUUCCACACCAACAACUUCUCGAUAUUUGACUUGGCCAAGAACUACAAGGAACGAGGAAUGGCCGCCUAUUCCGAGCUGCAAGAAAAGGAAUUCGCUGCUGAGGCGUAAGUUUAAAUCACGAAUUUUCGAAAGAACUUUGACUCUGGAAAUUUCUAAUCGAACUUUGUUUCAGUUACGGCUACACCGCUGUUAAACAUCAACGCGAAGUCGGAACAGGCUACUUUGAUUACGUUGGCACUGCUGCUUCUGGCGGAAUCUCCUCGACUGCCGCUCUCAAGGGAUCGACUGAGGAGGCGCAGUUCCACACCGCCACCGCUCCGCCAGAUGAGGACGAAAUUGUCACCAUCACUGCGGCCAGCGAACCUGGAGACGAGAAGAUUCUAACGCCCGAUGCUACAAGAUUCUUGAAAGAUCUCCACACCACUUUUGAGCCCAAGAGAAGAAAGUUGUUGGCGCAAAGAAAGAUUUUGCAAGUAAGAAAUUACCAAUGUUUGAAGCUUUUUUGGCUCAUGUCUGACAAACAUUUUAAUGGGUUCAUCCUUUGCUUUUUAGGCCAAGAUCGACUCCGGUGAAUAUUUCCCCGACUUCAACCCUGACACCAAGGCUCUCCGUGAAGACCUCUCAUGGAAAGGCGCCUCAAUCCCCGCUGACAUGAACGAUCGUCGUGUUGAAAUCACUGGCCCAACUGACCGCAAGAUGGUCAUCAACGCAUUGAACUCCGGAGCUCGUGUUUUCAUGGCCGAUUUCGAGGACUCGAACUCACCAACCUGGAGAAACCAACUCGAAGGUCAGAUCAACUUGUACGACGCCGUUAGAGGUGAAAUCUCGUAUACCCAUCCGGCCACCAAGAAGAAGUACGUCUUGGAAGACAAGACUGCCGUAUUGAACGUCCGCCCAAGAGGCUGGCAUUUGCCGGAGAAGCACGUCAUCAUCAACAAACAGCCAAUCAGUGGUGCUCUCUUCGAUUUCGGUCUCUAUGUCUUCCAUAACCACGAAGCUCUGCGUGCCAAGGGCUCUGCACCUUACUUCUAUCUGCCUAAGCUCGAGAACGCUGAGGAGGCCGCGUUGUGGGCUGAGGUGUUCAAAUACACCGAGGAGAAGCUGGGUAUCCCACACGGAACUAUCCGUUGUACCAUCUUGAAUGAGCAUUUGUUGGCCACCUUCCAAACCGACGAAAUCAUCCACGCCUUGAAGGACUACAUCAUUGGUGUGAACUUUGGCCGUUGGGAUUACUUGUUCAGUUACGUUAAAGUGCUUCGUCAACACCGACGAUUCCUGUUGCCGGACAGAUUCCAAUUAAGUAAGUCUUAGAAUGAUUUUUUUUGUGAAGGCGGCUUUUGGCUAGAAAAGUUUAUCGCAGAGGCCGGAAGGGCUUUUUUAAAACUGAAAGCAGCACUGUUCGAGUUGUGCAUGACUAAAUGAUAGUCUUUCCUUUUCAGCCAUGAACUCUCAAUUCAUGCGAAGCUGCGCUCUCCACCUCAUCCAACGCUGCCACGCACGUGGAAUCUUCGCUAUCGGAGGAAUGGCCGCUAACAUCCCCAUCAAGCACGAUGAAGUCGCAAACCAGAAAGCUUUCGCUGCCGUCCGCGCUGACAAAGAACGAGAAGCUACCGACGGAAACGACGGAUCUUGGGUUGCCCAUCCCGGCCUCAUCCCAUUGGCUAUGGAAGUCUACAACAACGUGAUGCCGGGACCCAACCAAAUUGACAAACAGCUCACUGGAUUCUCGACCGAUGCCAAGACCUUGACUGAAGUGCCAGAAGGCUCCAGGACUGACUUCGGCUUCCGACGAAACAUCUCGGUGACUCUCGGAUAUCUGGAUUCCUAUCUUCGUGGGGUCGGAUGUGUCCCAUUGUACAACAUGAUGGAGGACUACGCUACGUGUGAAGUUUCUCGCGCUUUGCUAUGGCAAUGGCUUCACCACGACGCCAAACUCGAGGAUGGCAGAACUGUUGACCCCAACUUGGUUAGACAAACGAUCAACGCCGAAACCGAACGACGAUUAAUCAGAGCCGGCUCCGUCGUCAACCGACUCCCAGAAGCCGCUGAGCUUUUGGAAAAGGCCGUCUUGGCCAGUGAAUUCCCCGACUUCUUGUCCCUGAUGUCCUAUGACAAGCUUGUCAGCGAUGGAAAAUAG